AUGGUUGCUGGCAGUGUUGAUUCAGAUACACAACAGUUCACCAUCAAUGGUUUAUUGUCUAUUACGGAAUACACUAUCGUGGUUUAUUCCGUCAGUGGUACUGGCUCACUUCAGACAUUAAGUGAAGCUGCAACGACUACUACUAUUACAAAGGAGAUUGUUUUAGAUGUACUUGUUAGCAGCACUUCACUGGUCAUCUUGGGAUGGAGAGAACCUCAAAAUGUUGGAGAUUUCACCGAUUAUGAGAUAGAGUAUGCACCAGAUGAUGGGGAACCGGGAUCUGGUGAACGAUUUACAAGGGAUCCCAAUCCGGGUACUUUAAUCCAGGGUGUGUUCAGUAGUCUGACUGCUGGACAAGAGUACACGUUUACUUUAUUUUUAAUACAAGGCUCAUCAAAAACACAGAUUGACAUUUUAAAGGUUCAGACAGAGCCCAACUCUCCAGAAAAUCUAGUGCUGACCCAACUUGGACCAAACGGUAUUGACGUUACAUGGGAACGACCAAUCAGUGGUAAUUAUGAUGGUUUUGAAUUGAUGUAUGGAGGUCCAAAUGGUGUUGCUGAUGGUAUGAUUGAAUCACCAUUAUUUGUCGGUAGAGAUGAAAAUUUGGCUGUGACUUUGACUGGAUUGAACCAAACACAUUCCGAGGGUAUUCCUGGUGACAUCAAUAUCAAACUGGUGACCUCUGAUAUGAUUCAUAUCACGUGGAAUGAGCCUACCGUCUCUUUCUCCGGUUAUCAAGUAGUGUACACCCCUAGCGAUGGCACAACAGAAGGAUUGAGAACAUUUUCCAAGGCUGCUGGAAGAAAUGCAGAAUUUAAAGGUUUGACACCUGGACGAGAAUAUAAAUUAGAGUUGCGAGUUAACGUCGCUACAGGAACAAUGCCGACACCCAAAGUAGCUUACCAGAUUACGAAGCCUAAUGCUGUUAAUAUGAUAAAUAUUGACACCAUUGAUGCUUAUUUCUUGGAAUUGUCCUGGUCAGUCGACGAUGAUUAUACAGAAUUUGAAGUCUCGUAUGUACCCACUGAUGGCAGUGCUGCGUUGUCUGUGCUCCGUGUUUCGGACACGCAGGUCAUGUUGGACGAGUUGGUUCCCAAAACUGCUUAUGACAUCACAGUUGUUGUCAUUAGUGAUACUGAUGACGCUGAAGAAAUGAGAAGUGAGCCUGUCACAGAGACCAUUGAAACUGGCAAAGCCCCAGCUGGUGAAAUAGCAUUAGAAUCAGUCACAUCUACAAGUAUUGGAAUAUCCUGGGGUCCAAGUGAUGAUCCAAACGCACAGUUGUAUAACCUUUUAGCCACUACACCAGAUUAUUCCACACCAAUCACUGCCAAUAUACCCAUUGAUAAUCCACCUGUGUAUACAUUUAAUAACCUAAUUCCUGGUAAAAUAUACACUAUCAGAGUGACAAUAGAAGGUAUUGGGAUAUCCAAAGAAAUUCAACAAAGAACUUAUCCAUCUGCACCAGGACCAGUCAGUGUCAUUGCUACUACUCAAACAACCCUGUCAAUUCGAUGGCAAGUUGCAGUAGGCGAUUUUGACCUGUAUGAGGUUUACUAUGGCCCAACUGGAGAUACGGCUCAAUUGGCUGCCUCUAUCAAUAAAGGUGGAAAUCCAGAAUUAUUGCUGGAACAACUCACACCGGAAACUGAGUAUACAAUAAGUGUGUAUACAAUUAAAGGCAGUGAUGUUACCAUGGAGAUGAGUGAACCUUCAAUGCUGGUCACAAGUACAGACGAAGAAAUCCUAACUUUCAUACUGUCCGAUGAUUCCUUAAUUGUUAAUUGGCCAGACCAAGACGGUGACAUCAUCAGUUAUGAGUUGAUGUAUGACCCACCCAAUUUGACGCCACAAUCUCCCAUCACAAUCGCUAAAGGUGAUGCAACAACCGUGACUUUAAAGAAUUUGGUACCAGGAACCAAAUUUAAUUUUAUUCUUAGCACUAAUGAUUCUGAUAGCAACAAGACGCAGAUUGCAAAAAGUCCAUAUGUACUGGCUUCUCUCCCCGUGCCUUCAGUUCAAAUUGAUGAUAUUGGAACCACAUCUGUUAUGGUAUCCUGGUUACCACAGACCAAUGGAAUAUUUGAUAACUAUCAAGUGUUGUUGGAAAUGACCACAGAUCCUACUGAUGACACGUCUGUCGUCAUGACAGCUGGAAAAGAUGCAUGUCCAAGCGUUCGGUUUUAUGAUCUGCAGCCUAGUACUAGUUAUAGCGUGAAAGUGACAACAGUUAGUUAUAAUACAAAAAGCACUGAAAAGAUGCAACCAUUCACAACAGGUUCUCUUGCUGCUGGGCGUUUAUACAUUGGUGCAAUAACACAGACAUCUUUAGAAGUGAUGUGGAGUGAAGAAACAAGCGACUUUGAUCAGUAUUUCAUCACAUGGACUAAUCUGAAUACUACUGUAUCUAAUAGUAAGACAGUAGGAAAAACCGAAGAAAGAAUGAUUGUGUUAGAUCAGUUGAUACCAGGGCAUAAAUAUAGGAUAGAGCUAUCAACACUGACGUCUGGUCAGCCACCAUCUUUAUUGAAUUCAUUGGAACAAAGAACUGUGCCCAGACCACCUGGAGAAAUCAGCUUUACAGCAGCAACUGAAACAUCUGUCACAAUCUCGUGGUUUGAAUCUGAUGGAGACAUCAGUGGUUAUGAAGUGUGUUAUGCACCGAUGGAUGGAAUAGCAUCACCAAUAACACUGAACAGUGAUACCAAUUCUGUACAACUGACUGGUCUUGACAAUGACACUGAGUAUAUAGUUAGUGUUGCUGCUAUUUCUGGAAGUGAUGCUGGGGCAGAUAAAAUGCUCAGUGAGAAGCAGUCUGAAUAUGUUACUCUCAAUGAGGGAACACCCGGAGAUAUUACUGUGGAAAGCUUUACUGAUACAUCUAUUGUAAUCACAUGGAUAGCCGCCGGUGGGCCAAUCACUGCAUAUGUGGUUGCCAUAGUACCCAGUGAUGGCUCUGGGGAUGCGUUUGCUGAAACCUUACCACAAGACAUGGAUCCAUUGAUUUAUACAUUUACUGAUCUUGUGUCUGCUACACGGUAUACCAUUACUGUCACAUUGCUGGGGACACUGACAGAAAAGAGUGUCAACCAAUUUACUAGACCAAGUAAACCAGGGUAUAUAUUCCCGCAGCCUCCAACUGCUGUGAGUGUAUCAUUAUCCUGGGAUCCACCUAUGGGUGAUUAUGAUGAUAUCGUCAUAACGUAUGCUGACAACGCAAUUAUCAAUGCACCUGAAACAAUUGUCGGAAUUGUUGAUAAGGAUACAGAGUUUUUUACUGUUGAGGAUCUUGUUCCUGGUACAUCGUAUCUGUUUAAAAUUUAUGCUAGAAUUGGGAGUGGUGCUAAUGCUAUUUUGAGUGCACCAUCUGGAGCAUCAGCUAGUACUAUAUUAUAA